ACGAGUCUAAGCAGCGGUUUUGGUUCCUCCAUCACGAGUAAAAGUUCAAGGCCAUUCACUUAACACGGACGCACGUACGAAAUCUCUGGUGGUGUGGUUUAGCCCACGAAACCAGCAUAAACAAUUGUACAUGCAUCAAUUGUCCGAGUAGUCAACUGUUAAGUGGGAGUUAGGUGAGUCUUCACACAAACUACUGUGGUUUGAAAUAUCGCUUUUGCGAAGUUUGGUGAACGGCACAAAAAACUUACAUGAAAAUUUCAAACCAUUACCAAAUCUAUACACACGUCACAAACCGCAACACCAUGACAUUCCUUUAGAACAACUGGCUUUGUGUACUGUACCGAGACUUGGGAGGAACUCACUUUGUACAUGUUGUAAAAUAGCUUAGACAACAGGGACAUGUCGCCAUGCAUUUACUAGUGGCAUUGCAACGUUUGCUCGUCAUCAUUGGGUUUCUUGGUGGUGUUAAAGGGCAAACUGUAACAUUGAGAAGAUGGCAAGAUGCUGGAAAUCCUCCACAGGAGUAUGUAGAAGUGACUGAAGGUGAAACUUUGACUGUGGAAUGCGCUGUGUCGAACAACCGGUUACGGGAUGUGUAUUGGGGGAAAAGCGGAAAUGUUUGGUUAACGCAUAACUUGAACCGUGUAACAAGUGAUUUACGUGUAUCAGUGAGUAGAAUUUGGGGUAAUUAUUAUAAUUGGUAUUCUAUGCAGAUAUCUGACAUUACACUGGAUGAUUCCGGAAAUUAUAUUUGCUAUGCUACAUGGUACGGUAAUGCAGACCGAGCAGGAUAUGUUUUCGUGGCCGUUAGGAACUUUCCCAAAGAGCAACCAGUUUGUUCUACGAAUAAAACUGCAAGCCCAACCUAUGAUAGUGUCUACUUGAGGUGUGACACUGCGAAGGGUUACCCCGGAGUCAGCGUUACAUGGACGGUUAACGGAGCGGGGGACGACGAAAUCCCGAGCGGCAAUGUUGUUGAGUACUCAGACGGCACGGGGCGAGAGCGCGUGCAGUCGGAACUUCGGUUGAUCUCCACUGAUUGGGAGAAUCGCCACCAGACGAGGGAGUUUGUCUGUACCGUCGCCAGCUCAGAAUUCCCCGGUUUAAAUCACACUUGCUCUGUCAACGUGACUGUAAGCAGAGACGUAACAACGGAGGCGAACUUCGAUAGGACCGUGCCACCCACAGGAAGCGGUUCUUCAGACUCCGGGUUAACACAAACAACCGAAACGACAUCGGAAUCUGCACCCGAUCCUGAGAGUUCCGAUGCUCUACAAAAUCCUAAGGGUUCCGAUGAUCCGCAAACCCAAGGUUCAUCAGCAGUUGAUAGCACACUUGCUCUAGCCAUUAUAGUUCCAGCACUUUUCAUUGCCCUUUGCACUAUACUGAUUUGUGUUUUGAAACUCAAGAGGCAAAGAAAAAAGGAACGGGAAAGGAAGACGAAGGGAACCUCAUCCACAACCAACCAUAACAAAGCUAGUGCUGGUGAAGUUGUCUUUCCUUACUCGGUGACACAGUUGGAAAAUGACACCUACACUGACAUUUCAAGCUCAGCGAACGAUCUAGCUACCAAGGCAUCUCCAGGAGCAGGUCAAUUCGAUCCACACUGCCGGCCGUACUCCGCCACCACGCAGCAGAAGCCGACUGUCGACAGUGGUGUUGACUUUUCCAAUUCGUCGUACGAGUCGUACCAACCAUCAGGGGAUGUCGAACAACGUGUUUCCCCGUAUGAAGUCGAGUUGGACCUCAAUGGCGAUUGUGCCGUUUACUCACAAAUACCGGACGAAUCUAAAACACAGGGCAUUAACGGGCAGCAGUUAAGUACUGAUUAUGAAGCGGUCCAAUCACCGAUCCCUGAGGAACACCAACAGGACAAUGUUUGUCCAUUUGAGACGGAAACACGAACGAACUUGUCACGAAAGAGCGGUAGUCAAUCACCACAAUCUGUUACGCAUGCAAAUGAAUUCGAAAGAGUCGACGACUCUUUCAUAGAAGAUGAAUCGGAUGAAGGGAGUGUGGACAAUCCUUUAUAUGAACCUUUUAAAAAUGGACACAGUGGGGCGAAUGUAAAGCCUGAGCCCAACACUGAUGACCAACAUAUAUAUCAAAUGAUCUGAUCAUGUUAGGCUUGGCAUUGUUCAGUGAUCGCUGAUUGAGAAAUGCUCAUUAAAGGCAGAGGACACUAUUGGUAAUUACUUAAAAUAAUUAUGACCAUAAAACCUUACUUGGUAGCGAGUAAU